AAGGGCCCAGGUCGGGGUAAUGGGGCCGGGUAGAGGAUGUGGAUGUGGAUAGAGGGUUGAGGAUGUGGAUAACGAGAUGGCAGAGCUCAAGAGGGGACUCUGUGCUCGGGGAGGGUGAGGUGUGGGGGGCUCUGGGACCCCCAUAGGCCUUUGUGGGGAGGUGAGGUUGAGCUAGGCCUCAUUGUGUGCUAUGGGUGUUAUUGCGGCCUGUGUGUAAGGUUGGAUCUCUAUUCCUCUUAGUGAUAAAUAAUACAACACCGUGGCCUCAGGCAGCACUUAGUGCUAAGCCGUGGCCUAUUUUGCUGCUCGGCAGCUUGUUGUAUUUUAAGUCUCCCAGCUUCUUUUUGAGAAGCAAAACUAGAACACUUGGGGCCUGUGCUUGUGUCUCUCCCUCCCCACAAAGGGCAGCUAUUGAAAUCAUUACCUGGGGAUACCAUUUAGUUGAUGUUAAUUAGAUAAUGAGAUGCAGAGCUGAGCUUCUCUUUGUUUUCAGCUGAGGUUUUGCCUUCUUUGGAGCUGAUUUGAGUGACCACAGGAGGUACAGAGCAGGAUCUGUCCCCCAGCAGCAUGUCUGCACUCACUGAGUGCUAAUGGAGCCUUCACUACAGCCACGUGUGGAAAUCAGGUCUGCAAGUCAGUGAGGCUGGCAGUGAUUAAACCCUCCAGCACCUCACACAGGGUUUUUCUGGGGCUCUUUUGCUGCAUGCGGUAUCUCUCAUUGUUGACCUGGUUUGCCCUUGUUCUAUGGGUUGAAGUGGGAGCAUGAGGAUGGCUCUGGGAUCUGGCCACUGUGAUGUGGUAUCACCUGCUAUAUCUCCCUCCUUCCCCUCCCCUCCCCCCCAAGAGAAUGACCUGUUUUCUGCUGCCUGAUUUCAUGGCCAUUCUUGAGGCUGCACUCCCCUCUGCUGGAAAGCCACAACCUCACAGUUGAUCCUGCUUCAAGAGGAGGCUUCACCUGGGAGAAAGCCCCGAGCCAGCGAGGCAGUGGUUGUGCAGUGCUUGGAAACCUGCAGACACAGCUUGGAUGUGCACAGUGACUUCAGUGUCCCCUAACUAUGUCCCUAUAGUGGUGGCAGUGUGGAAGGGCAGUGAGGACAAAGGUCUACUGAGGACACUGUUCUGGGUGUGUGGAACUGUUCUGAGUCCCUGCUUAGUGCAGGCAUUGUCACCAUCACUGUGGCUGCAGUGAUGAGGAGGAUGGGAAGUGGCUUCCCCCCAGGCUCAGCCACAGGUUUUCUGUCUGAGCCAAUGGCUCUGGCUGAGGAGCAGAUCAAAUUGUGCCCAGUGCUGGUGAAGGAGCAGUCCUUCAUCCUGACCGGCUGCAAAGUGAUAGGUGGAAAUCACAAAAAUUAACUGAUUUGAAGCUCACGUGGCCCCCUUGCUGGUGCGAGUGUAAUGUUCCCAGCUUGGAGAAGAGCUUCAGUGUUUUUCCCCUCCCUCCCUGUGGGUGAAGUGACUGAUUGCGGUCACGUUGAGCUGAGUUCCCAGCGAGCUGUGUGACUUCCCUGUCUCUGACAGGCGUUCCCUGCCUGCGGCAGCCCUGGGCUCUGUGCACAUGGGGACAAUGCAGGAGGGUUUGGGUGCUCCGGGUGCAGCCUGGCACGUCAGCAGCACUGGCCUCGAGCUCCCUGGGCUGGAUGUGGCCAUGUGGGGCUUGAACCCAUAGGUUGUGGUGUGAGGCUGCUGAGCUCUGGUUAUAUCCACACCCCUUAUUCUUGUAGGAUUGCAUCUUAUCUGUGUUAUGCAGCCUGGUGCCUUCAACCUCUUUUUUUCUCAGCUGUCCUACUCCCCAUGGGAGCUGCUCUCCCCCAUCGGCUGGAAAUUGCUGCUCAGCACCUUUUGCAUCCUGCUUAGCUGCAAGGGAUGUGGGAGGAAUCGAGGGAUGGGAUAGCCCUGGCUGAGCCCUGUACCAGGGAGGCAGCCAUGAGGCCAAACAUCCUCAUCUAAAGGUACCCUGGGAGCAGGUCUGGCAUUAACAUUCCUUUAGGGGCACAUUAAUUUGCUGAAGGUGGAGGGCAGCCAGCAGCGUAACGCUCAGCUUAGCUGAAAGAUAGAUGUGGUAUUGAAGCUGUUUCUCUUUUUGCUUGGUUGGAAGCUUGAAAUAGAAAACAUGGUGGCUGAGGUGCUGAUGGGUGACACCCUACAUGGGGCUGGGGAGGAAGGUUCCUACCCUGCAUCCCCUCCUGUGCUAUUUCUUCACCCAGAGAAGCUCAGCCCAGUUGGGUGUGGGGUGUGCUCAGGAAAAGGGUUAAAGGGAGGUCAUAAACAGGAAGGGGAGCAACUCUGGACAUGGUCUGAUAGUGAUGAGAUGGGAAUGGCUUGAUUGAUGAGAGGGAAUGGCUUUGAAUGAAAAGAGGCAGAAGUUGGGAUUAGGGGUUUUCAGGGUCAAUUUAGGCUCCCUGCUGAGGUUCUAUGAAUAUUGCGGAACUGCCCUUUGGACGGGAAACAGGGGCAGGGAUGCACUGAAUGCCACCAGCAUUAAUUGGGUCACGGCUUGUUAAUUGGAGCAUUGCUCAUUGAUUAGGGUACCAAGGAUGCUGAGAGCCCAAGGGGUCUCAACCACAUUUCCCCCCUGUGCAGUGCAGGUCCCGCACGCCUGCUCGUUUCCCACGAGCUAAUUAAGAGGCUCGCAGCGCUCCACGAUGCUUGGCUGCCUACGGAUUGCAGUGAGCAGCAGCUUUGCUCCUCCCCAUCUCUGCCGCCGCUGACUCUGCCCACCAGAGCUGCACAGAGCAGGAAUGGAGGGGGACUUGGCCAGGAGCGCAGCCCGGCUGCCCGUGUUGCUGCUGGCACUGCUCGGCUUCGUGCCAGAGCUCCUGUUUGGCCAGGUGCAGGCGCAGCCCCAGCAGGUCUCUGGCAUCCUGGGGGGUUCGGUGCUGCUCUCCCCUGUGCUGCCACCCGGCAGCAGGGUGAAGGAGAUCGAAUGGAGCUUCUCCUCUGGUGCCAGUGCCACUAUCCAGGUGGCUGAGUUUGGCCCAGGGGGCUUCGAGCGCCCGGACCCCCAGGACCGUUUCAAGCAGCGACUGGAGAUGCCCAACGCCACAGCACUGAUGAUCAGAGCCCUGGAACUGGGAGACAGCGGGAUCUAUGGGGCACGGAUCAAACUGCACCCAGCGCUGGUGGAGGACCAAUCCUUCAACCUCUCUGUCUAUGAGUCGGUGCCAAGGCCCCGGACCCACAGCCAGCUGCUGGCCAGCACCCUGGAGUGGUGUAACCUGACCUUGCAGUGCCAAGGCACUGGCAAAGGGGCUGUCAAUGUCACCUGGAGGAGGGACAACGGCCAUCAGGAGCUGGGCACCGACCGCUCGCAGCUGUCCCCGGAUGGCACCACGCUGCGCCUGGCCCUACAGCCUGGCACUGCCAAUGCCACCUACACAUGCACUGUCAGCAACCCUGCUGACCAGAAGGUCGUCCCCUUCGACUUGCAGAGCAUCUGCCGCAGUGGAGGGGGACAAGUGUCCUUCUCCAAGUCAGGGUACAUCGUCCUCACCCUCAUCCUGCUGGCUGUGAGCCUUGGCGGAGCCUUCUGGUGCUGGAGGCUCAACAGUGAGAAGUCAGCAGAUCCAGCUGCCACCCCCACGGCACCGGCUGAGGAGAGCCCCCCAGAGCCUCAAUACACUGAGAUCGUGCACCGCAGCCCCCCGGAAGGUAAUGACCAGGGCCUACGUCCCCCUGAAAACAACCCGGAACCAACUUCAACAGAGAAAGCACCAGCACCAGGCAGCACCGUGUAUGAACAGAUCCAACAGGAGCCAGAGGAAACGGCCGAGGAGGCACCAACAGCGCCGGAGCAUCAGGAUGCAACCGAAGGGCUGUAAUGUGCAUUGUGUGCCAAACCCAACCCCAUUCCAGCCCCUGGUUUGGCUCCAGGGAUGGAGGUGCCAUCUCUGGGUACAGCUGGCCGGAUGCUUUCCUACCCACCUCUGGUUUGUCCAACCCUCUGUCUGAAGCCCUCGUGGCCCCUUUGGGGACAUGGAGAUGAGCGGCAACGAUGAGGCUGAGUCCCUCCUCCAGCACCGGGCUGGGACGUGGCUCCAUCACCCACACAACUGGGGGUCCCAGCCUUAUUUCUACCAGCUGAGAGAGUGGGCUGCCCUGGAGCAAGAAGAGGGGAACCAAAACCUUUAUAUUUGGGGGGAGGGGAGGGAGGAAUUGGAGUCAAGGGGAGGCAAAGUUGGGUCGGUGGGGGCAGAUCCAAGCACUGCAAUAUCCAGGAUGGGACCACCUAGGGCAGAUUGGCCCCCCACGACCCCCCCACUGCUCCCAGCCUUUAACUCAGCACCCCUUCCCCCCUCUCUUGAGGUCGAGCAGACCCUGGUGGUAACAUCCCCAGGGCCAUAUGGGGGGGACCAAGGGCCUGGGGGAGGACUGAUGCCUGUGGGAUAUAAACCCGCUCUUCCCCCACCCCAUAGCCAUUCCUGUGUCGCCUAUGUGCUGCCAUUAAGGGGGGAGGGGGUGGAGGGGGGGGGGGAAAGUUUCACUUGUGUGUGUCCAGCACCUACCGUCAUGGGCCCCGUGCUUGGCCCGACCUCCCCACGUUGUAAAAACAGCAAAUAAAUCUUGGUGAGAGCUUA